GCCUCUUGGUGGAGCACUCGUACGAGAAUCGCGAAAUCCCGAGCGUGAGUACUCUCAUUUCUCUUCUGAUUUGAGAUUUCACAUAUGCGUAGUAUGAUAUUUGGUACACGAAUGGCACCCUAAACGUUUAGAAACGAAAUACGAAACGACUAGGGAAACGAGGACGAUUAAAAGAUACAACGAGCUAGGAUGCAGUCUUCACGGUCUGAGAACGAGACGUGGUCGUUACCAGUGAAUGGAAGCGUCAACUCAAAUGACCCGUGGCCAGAACUUUGUCACAGAACUGAAAUGAAACACACAGCGCAUAAAAAAGAUCUCGCGAAUACCGGAGAAAGUAGUAAGCCAAUGACAUUGGACGAUUUUGAGUAUCCUGAACUCGGCGAUGCUGUUAUUAACAGUAAAAAUUGUGUCGCGCUAAGAGAACGUUGUCUGCCGAGUCACACUUUAGAGGCUGUGGUUCCGAUUCAAUUCCACGUAUCAGAGGAAUUACAGAGGAAUCUUCGACCGUCCGAGAUAGAAGAGAAGAUCAACAAGCUCCAGGAAACUUUACAGAAAGCAAGAAAACUGAAUGAAAAGCUUCGCAUGCUAAAAAUCAAUUUCGAGAGAAGUCAUUUUGGCGUACCUAACAUAUCUAACACGUUAGAAACAAAUCCAGAGUUUAGAAGAGUUAGUAUGACAUGCAACAUGAAGGAUAAAAGGGUCCUGAAAUUGAAGAGACUGACUCUAGUCCAUAAUACGAAACGGAUGUACACAGAAAAGCGUGAGGAAUUCGAGCGCAAAAAAAGGAAGGCGAUCUGUAGAGACGUGGACACUAUUAAUUUUAACGCUUUAAAGAUCACGCCCGACCCAGAAAUCGAUGUAAAUUACGUUAAAAAUAUGUGUACAAUGACGUUGCAUGAUAAAAAUUAUAGAGCUGUAAAGGUAAUAGGCAUUUCGGGUGACACCGCAUGUCACAGACCAGGCAUGAUCCAGAAAAUAAACAAUCUUAGGAUUCGAGAGGGACGAUUGGCGAAUAGAUCAAUCGAAAACGCAAAUCCGUCGGACUUCUCACAUCUCGAUAUAGACGUGAUCGAGAAUGACAUCGUUAAACAGACUCUCUCUCUUCGGAUCGAAGACGGAAUAAAACAAGAGAUCCCACAGAUCGAAAUCGACUAUUGGAAUGAACAAAAAUAAUUUAUGACAAUGCCAUAAUGAGUGGGUUGCAUGUGUGAACACGGGCGACUUUGUCGCGUAAAAAUCUGCAGUACUAUGACGUCUAAAAAUUUGAGUCUUCUAUUACAUGAUCCGAGGGUUUGAAUGAUUCAGUUCGUAUUCUUCUUCCAAAUAAACGGGACGUGUCACAAAGGUUUUAAAUUCACACACGAACACACUUAAUCACAAAGAUCUUCAUUAUUUCACGUCCCAUUUGAUGUUAAACCUCUCUGCGUGCCUGUCUGAUUUAAAUUUCAGUUUCCAACAUCGACGACAUAAAUUUGUUCAAUUUCUCUCGCAACUUUAGAGAGUAAGUACUUUGUCUCUCACAAGACGCGAAACAACAAAGUGUUUUGUAUUUUGUAUAACUCUCGAAUACUCCGUCAUGCCAUUAUAUGACAUCGUUGUAACGUCUGUACGUAAAGUUUAUACAUACGCAAUAAUAUAGUAUAUACGCAAUAAAUAUUACAUACUAAAAUGUU